AUUAGACGGAAGUAGUCGUUGCGAUUACCAAACACCCGUAUGGAAAUGAACCCUGUCUAUGGAAUGCUAAUACGGAACCUUGCUUCGAUCCCACUUCUAUAGGCGUCCGCGGGAUUCCGAGAGGAGGCCAAAGUAGGGCAGCUCCCCUGGUCGAUCUAUGGUUAAACAAAUUAGGAACCUUUUCCCCAGAUCUCACCUUGUACGAGAAACCUUGCUUCUAUCAUCGUCUUCUGGCCCGACCCUCCUCGCUGGGCGCCAGGCGAGGAAGAAGGGUAGGCGAGAAAAGAUUUAGAUAUCACAGAGAGGGAAGAGACGCGCCGCUAUUUAUCGAAUGAUAAAACUAAUGAAAAUUGAAUACUAUUAGCUUCCUUGAAAGAAGAAGAAGAAGGAGAAACCUCUUCCUUUUCGCUCCACCCAAUUCAAUUCCGCGAGCCAGAGAUCUCUCAUCCCAGGUUUCGGCGGGGCGACCAUUUGGGGGGUCGUGCUCGUGGGGUUGGGGUUGGUGGAAGGAAGGGAGGGGAUAUUGAGAUUUGAGGAGAAUUGGAGAAGGCAGACACAGAGAUGGCGUCGGGGAAGAUGGAAGGUCCGUCGGCGCCUGCCGUCCGUCGGGAUCCCUACGAGGUGCUGUGUGUUUCGAGGGAUUCGUCGGAUCAGGAGAUUAAGUCCGCGUACAGGAAGCUCGCUCUCAAAUAUCACCCAGAUAAGAAUGCCAGCAACCCUGAAGCUUCAGAACUUUUCAAAGAAGUUGCAUAUUCCUAUAGCAUCUUGUCAGAUCCAGAGAAAAGAAGGCAAUAUGAUACUGCUGGCUUUGAGGCUUUAGAAAGUGAUGGCAUGGACAUGGAGAUUGACUUGUCCAACCUUGGGACUGUCAAUACAAUGUUUGCAGCACUUUUCAGCAAGCUGGGAGUUCCUAUCAAGACUACAGUUUCUGCUACUGUUCUUGAAGAAGCUCUAAAUGGAACAGUGACAGUUAGACCACUUCCUAUUGGAACAUCCGUCAAUGGAAAGGUUGAUAAACAAUGUGCUCAAUUUUUUGGUGUGACAAUUAAUGAUGAACAAGCCCAGGCAGGCAUAGUUAUUAGAGUUACAUCAGCUGCACAAAGUAAAUUCAAGCUUCUUUACUUUGAACAAGAAGCAAAUGGAGGUUAUGGAUUAGCUUUACAGGAGGAUAGUGAGAAGACUGGCAAGGUAACAUCUGCUGGAAUGUACUUUUUACAUUUUCAAGUUUACCGCAUGGAUUCAACAAUGAAUGCGUUAGCAAUGGCCAAAGAUCCUGAGGCUGCUUUUUUCAAAAGAUUGGAAGGUUUGCAACCUUGUGAAGUGUCUGAAUUGAAACCUGGCACUCAUAUAUUUGCAGUUUAUGGUGAUAAUUUUUUUAAACCAGCCACCUAUACCAUUGAGUCUAUGUGCUCAAAAUCAUAUGAAGAUACAACCCAGAAGCUCAAGGAGAUUGAGGCUCAAAUUUUGUCCAAGAGAAAUGAUCUGCGCCUGUUUGAAACAGAAUAUAGAAAAGCUUUGGCACGUUUUCAGGAAGUGACAAACAGAUAUAGCCAAGAAAAGCAAUCUGUUGAUGAACUGCUGAAACAAAGAGACAGUAUCCACUCCUCAUUUACGACUGUAAGAACUGUCGUUAAUGCCAGUGGAAGUGCUAGUGGCCGCAGCAAAUAUUCCAAUGAAGAGAUCAGGUCUGAGAGCCCAGCCGAUGAUGGAAGUGUUGAUGGGAAAGAUAAAUCUCACAAAAAGAAAUGGUUUAAUCUUAAUCUCAACCGCUCUGAUAAGAAGGCUUGAACAUUUGUAUUCCAGGAUGAGAUGGAAGAGAUUAAGGUAUUCAUUAGUAGGAGUAUUGAGUCACCCUUUCAUUGUUUUCUCACAUAUGUAACAUUCCCCUGCCAAAGUCAAGAAGGUUUUCCUGUACCAGUUCUCAAUUAUUUUCUCUGCGCUCUGCUAGUAUCGCAAGUUUUGCUCUCAGAUGUUGUUUGCUGGUGAAUGUAUUUCUUUGUUAUCAUUGAAUUCAGCUCCCAAUUAAAUUAUUUCGCUGUAUGCAUA